AUGUGGGUUCCUGCCGUGGCGAAUCUGCUCUUUCUGUCCCUGGGCCUUCUGGAAGCAAUUCAGGCCCAGAGCCUCCUGUUCAAACGGCCAGACCUCUUCCCUCGAGACACCGCUGGACUUUCCUGGGCCUUCUAUGAUGACCAGUAUAGUGGCUGCUCACCGGCUAUGAUGGCUGCCCUCCCGCGUCUCCAGAAAUGGGAGUUGCAGGUCAACAAUGUGUAUGCGCAGGGCUGGGAGCUUGGAAGACGCAAGUGGCAGGAGCUCAGGGCCCGACGCCCCGCAUGGCUGUACCCCUUGCCUGUGGGUUUCCAGGAGAAAUACGGGGUUGCCCUGUUGGCCUACACGGAAUACGGAACCCCGUACAGGGAGUUCAACGCCGCAGUACGCCAGGCAGGCCGCUCCCCCCACUACCUCCAGCACUUCUCCUUCAAGUCCCUGCAUUUCCUGCUGACCAAGGCCCUGCAGCUGCUGGGACAGAACCAGUGGCCUCCCAGGUGCCAACAGGUGUUCCGGGGAGUGCAUGGCCUGUGCUUCUGGCCAGUUGGGCCCAGCGCCACUGUCAGUCCGGGGGGCUUUGCCUCUUCAUCCCUAAAGAAAGAUGUGGCCCAGUGGUUCGGCAAGGACACCUUCUUCAGCAUCUGGACCUGCCUCAGGAUCCCUACCCAGGACUACUCCGUCUUCCCUAAGGAGCAGGAGGUGCUGAUCCCUGCCUUUGAGACCUUCCGGGUCAUCAAUGCCAGCAGACCGGAACAGGGCCCUGUCCACAUCGAGCUCCAGGCGCUGGGCAAGCACAGCUCAUACAACUACGAGUACAUCAAAGGUGAGGAAGACGCACCUGUGCAGAAGGCGGCCUCCCCGAUUCCCAAGACCUUUGGUGGAUACAGGCCCCAGUCCCCUAGGUCCAUGUGGCACUUAGAGAAGCACUAA